AUGUAUUUUCUUAACCGACUACACCUAGGACUUCUGGUGAACAAAAAACUAUCAGCCAUCUACUCUCUGUUCUCAUCAUUGGCCACAAUGACUGUACGUACCGCCGUACCACCGCCAUCAUCACCUUCGUCCAAUGUACACACGAGCACCAAGGCGAACCUGAUAAAAUCCAAAUCCUUUAUCUCGGAUAACGAUAACCCUCUAUCACUUUGCUAUCAUCACCGCAGGCUCCCUUCGUUCUCACAAUCCUCACCGGUACUAUCACUGCCCGACGAACUCCUCACCGAAAUCUGCGAACGACUUUCGCCCGAAGAUUUGUACUCCCUCUCCACCGUGUGCAAGUCUCUUCGAAGCUUCCUGUGGUCAUCAAGUUCCAUGGUGACGCAACAGAUAUGGAGGAAUUCGAGGAAGGCCUUUUACCCACAAUAUAAAUCACCUCCAUUGAAGGACAUGUCGGAGCAGCAAUACAUUUUCUUGGUGGUGUUGGCAAAGAAAUGUCAAUUCUGCGAGGAGAGCGAUAAGAAGAAGCUAAAGAAAUAUUGGGAGUUCCAGGUUUAUUCAUGCGAAAAGUGUUUGGAGAGGAGAAUCGCCAGGUGA